AUGACUGCUCCCACCAAGGCUUCUGAAGGCGGGAGCUCAGCCAUUGCUCGACUAGAUGCUCAGAUCCUGGCGCUAGAAUCCGAGGUCAUACGUUUAAAGCAAGAACGGAACGAGAUGCUCAAGGUAUCGCAACUCCCCAUCGAGACACUGUGCCAGAUCUUCUUGCUCGUCCCCGAAAAGACGAGUGCAGGGCAUCAGCGAUUGGGAUGGGUACGAAUCACCCAUGUGUGUCGUCGGUGGAGGACGGCAGCCCUUGGCUGCCCCCUUCUUUGGUCUGCCCUGAGCAGCUUGUAUCCACCGGAAUGGUUAGAUGUUAUGGGUGCCAGGUCAACCACAGCACCACUGUCGAUCCACUUUGACAGGCUUCCAAUGGUCACACAAGCGGAGAGAAUAACGCAGUCGAAACUGCGCAAGGUGCUCAAGCAGACAGAUCGUCUACAGCACAUCUCGUUGACCGCUGACCCUCUCUGUCUUCAAACCAUGCUCAAACCCCUAGUCGCACCACUGCCACUCCUGGAAACCGCGACCAUCACCAGCAUUGAUCCUUACGAACACUCGGACGUGCUGGCCGACGAUAUGAGAAUGUGGAUGUUGACCUCAACGACCUGCUACCUCACGGCCUAUUUGGCGGGGACGCUCCGAAGCUACGAACCCUCUCGUUCAUCGGAUGCAUCCCGUGGUUACGGGGACCAACCUUGCCACACCUUUCAAACCUAA